CGAACACUAGAAUUGGAAAAAUGGUGGCCAGCGUCAGAGUGCAGAAGCUCCUCCGACGAUACAAACUAGCGAUUGCCGCCGCGUUAACGAUUCUUCUGAUUCAAGGGCUAGUAGUAUGGAGUCUGAGAAGUCUCGAAGAGGGCGAGGCGGAGAGGAAAACGCGGCGGUCUAAGCUUCCUGACCACAACAGCCAGGACCCCAAAAGGGAGGCGGUGGCUUGGGAGAGACAGAACGUCUUGUCUGGGAGGAGCGGGGCCCGAUGGAACAGCAGGCUGGAGAGGACGGGGGCCACGGCUGCCAGCGCCCUCCGGAGGGGCACCAAGCGCCGGGGGAAGCACACCAUCAGGGUGAAGGUGCCCCUGGGCCAAGGGGUAGCAGUUGAUGGCGUUCCCCCCCAUGACCCUUCCAGCAGCCGUAACUUCACUGAUACCCGGGGUGGAGGGGAGGGGGUGGCCAGACUACCCCCUCCAGUCAUGCCAGGGGAACCGGGCAGCGUGGAGGGGGCGCCCCAAGCCCCCAGCAGCGACUUUGUGCCCAAGUGUGACAUCAUGGGCAAGGACGCCCUGUCGGCCCUGCACCGCGCCGGCUCGCGGCAGUGCCGGCAGGAGAUCGCCAACAUUGUGUGCCAGCAUCAGGCCGGGCAGCUCAUGCCAAGGGCACUGCCUCAGUUCUGCCCACUGCACGGUUUUUCCAGCCUGGUCCAGACAGCUGAUGAGGUGGACAAUGACCUGUCCAAGGUGGAGAACCCGGUCAGGGUGGCCUUCGUCCUGGUGGUCCACGGCCGGGCCAUCAGGCAGCUCAAACGCCUCAUCAAAGCCAUAUACCACCGAGACCACUUCUACUACAUCCACGUGGACAAGCGUUCCAACUACCUGCAUCGGGAGGUGCAGCAGAUUGCCCAGCAGUACCCCAAUGUGCGUGCCACGCCCUGGCGCAUGGUGACCAUCUGGGGCGGUGCCAGCCUGCUGAAGGCCUACCUGCACAGCAUGCAGGACCUGCUCUCCAUGCUGGACUGGAAUUGGGACUUCUUCAUCAACCUCAGUGCCACUGACUUCCCCACCAGGACCAACGAUGAACUGGUGGCUUUUCUGUCACAGCACAGAGACCAGAACUUCCUCAAGUCACAUGGGCGGGAGAACGCCAGGUUCAUAAAGAAGCAGGGUCUGGACCGGCUGUUCCAUGAGUGUGACAACCACAUGUGGCGGCUGGGUGAGCGGACCAUCCCAGAGGGCCUGGAGGUGUCUGGGGGCUCUGACUGGUUCUCCCUCACCAGGCGCUUCGUAGAGUAUGUCAUCAACUCCCAGGAUGAGCUGGUGGUGGGCCUGAAACAGUUCUACACCUACGCCCUGCUCCCCGCUGAGUCCUUCUUCCACACAGUGCUGGGGAACAGUCCCAUGUGUGACUCUCUGGUGGACAACAACCUGCGUGUUACCAACUGGAACAGGAAGCUGGGCUGUAAGUGCCAGUACAAACACAUAGUGGACUGGUGCGGCUGCUCUCCCAACGACUUCAAACCACAGGACCUCGUCAGGAUACAGCAACUGACCCGGCCCACGUUCUUUGCCCGAAAGUUUGAGUCCACGGUGAACCAAGAGGCUAUACACAUCCUGGACACCCACCUGUAUGGACACUACGCCCCAGGGACAGUGGCCAUCAAGGCCUACUGGGAGAGCCUGUUUGAGCUGGCGGACGGGGUGGGCUCCCUCAGUGACGUGGCCCUCACGGCCUACUCUUCCUUCUUCCGCCUGGGCCUCAGGAGCCUGGAGAGCAGCCAGACCAGCCUGGAGACCUGCAGGUAUGAGCCAAUAGGCUACCCGGUGUCGGUGCACCUGUAUUUCUACGACGAGCGUUUCCAGGGCUACUUGGUCCGUCAGGAGGUGCAGAAGGUGGGGUCAAGGGUCAGGGAAAUGGUGGAGGUGUGGGCCGUGCCUCAGGCCACCAUGCAGCUGGAGAACAACCUCCGGGAGUUUGAGAGGCUCAAGAACCUGGAGGUGGGCACAGAGUGGGACCCCAAGGAGAGAAUAUUCCGGAACUUCGGCGGUGUGAUCGGGCCCCUGGACGAGCCGGUGGCGGUACAGAAGUGGGUUCGGGGGCCCAACCUCACUGCCACCAUUGUGUGGAUCGACCCCGCCCAGACGGUGGCGGCGUCUUAUGACAUCAGUGUGGAUGUGGACGCAGAGUACACACAGUACAAGCCCCCGCUGCAGCGCCCGCUCCGCCCCGGGGCCUGGACAGUCAGGGUGCUGAGGCUGUGGGAGCGUGUGGCUGAGGCUCGCUUCCUCGUCAUGCCCCUGGCCUUCAAAGGACGAGAGCCACUACGCCAAGAGGAGGACAGCUGGCUGCACGCGGGGCCACCAGGCAACCUGUACCUGGAGCAGGGCUUCCAGCAGCUGAGAUCUGUUCUGAAGUUGCCCCCACAGGAGCCCGCCCUGCAGGAGGCCCAGCAGAGGGCCCAGCUGGUGGGCAAGCCCCUGGAAGCCUGGGUGGACCGCACAGUGGGGGCCUUCUGGGUGACCGGGGACCUGUGCUCCACCCUGCCCUCCCCGGGCCCCUGCCCUUCCCUUGGUCCCUGUACCAAGUCCACCUGGAGCUCCCUCGCCCCAGACCCUAAGUCAGAACUUGGCCCUGUCAAAGGUGACGGCCGGAUCAGGUAGCCCCCCGGACAGGAGGCAUGCUGGACUACAGUAGAGGGAGAGGGGAUUAUAUGUGAGCCCUGAGUAGAGAGAGAAGGAUGUGUGAGCCCUGAGAAGAGGGGAGGAUAUGUGAGUCCAGAGGGGAGAGUGGGGUCUGGUCUCUAAGGCUAACUCAUAAGGCACAUAAAUAGACACAGCUUCUCCCUACAUACGCUGAGGAGUGGCUAUGCUCUCAGUUUAGAGGCUACAUGCCCUUUUCAGAGGAGAUGCGUGCUGGAAAUUUGCACACGAAGACUGCAAGACAAAGUUUUUUUUGUGUUCGAACUUCAUUGCUCGUUACAUGAACAAUUUGUGUUAUGUUAUCGGUCUGCAUAUAAGUCUUCAUUCAGGGUCUGUCUGGAUAGAACUUUGGAAAGAGCAGAACCCCACCCGUAUAUGUUUGAACUCUGUUCAAUGCACAGUUUUCUGCUUUAAGGAAUUUAAAGCAGUGGCCAACAUUUUGACAGUAGCUAAAUGCUGUGUUGUAUUGUUGUCAGAGGGCAGUGGGUCCUCUGGACUAGUAUCUUUGUGCUUAUUUUCAAGCAUUAUUAUCAGAACAGCAGCAGCAGAUUGGGGAAGUGCACUUUACUGUAAGACUAAGGUUACACAGGACAGGGUCGAUCAGUAGUUGGAGAAUGACAACGAGGAGGAUUAGAAGCUUAAAAGGUCAAGGUGGAGGUCGUCACAAUGGUGACAAUUACUUACAUGUCUUUUGUAUAAAAGUGCUGCUAGAACGUUGCGGCGUCACUAUCACAUAUCUGACCCUGCUAGCUCACCUGGAGGAGGAACAAUAAUAAUGUUAUGAGUUACCAGCUGGGAGACAAGUUAAAGUUGGGAGAGAGUCCUCUUCCCCCAUGAGUUCUGUUUACUGUGACAUACACUGCCUUGCGAAAGUAUUCGGCCCCCUUGAACUUUGCGACCUUUUGCCACAUUUCAGGCUUCAAACAUAAAGAUAAAACUGUAUUUU